GGAUCGAGUGACGUUCAGAAGAAUUAUCUUGAAAAACAACGCAAAGAAGAGGAAGACGUACGAGUUAUUUAUUGAGUCUGUCCCCCUUCUUAAAUCCUUGGAGGCAUCCGAGCGGAUGAAGAUAGUGGAUGUAAUAGGGGAGAAAGUGUAUCAAGAUGGGGAACGUAUCAUUUCUCAGGGUGAUAAAGCAGAUUGUUUCUACAUUGUAGAAUCUGGAGAAGUAAAAAUCUUGAUUAAAAGCAAGACCAUGACCAGUAAAGAAGCUAACCAAGAAGUGGAGAUUGCCCGGUGCCACAGAGGGCAGUAUUUUGGGGAGCUCGCACUCGUUACCAACAAACCCAGAGCAGCCUCUGCCUAUGCCGUUGGGGAGGUCAAGUGUUUAGUCAUGGAUGUGCAAGCAUUUGAGAGGUUGCUUGGACCCUGCAUGAACAUUAUCAAGAGGAAUAUAACACACUAUAAGGAGCAGCUGGUGGCAAUGUUUGGCUCUAGCAUGGACCUGUUGGAUCCAGGGAAUUAGGCACAGGGUACCUCAAUGCCGCCUUAGAUCAAGACACAGAAAAGCCUCCUAUCAGCAACACAACUCACAAGGAAAACGGACACUACGGAACAGUAACUGCUGCUGUCUUCUUGGGCAUUUUAGAAACCAUAGACAAGUCUCAGCACAGACGGAUUGCUCACUCCCUGCCUCCUCUUUGCUGCUGAUUAGACCUAGAUUAACGAUGAUCCUAACCCUGUGCUCACAUACUCGGUUCCGAAUGGCAUCUGUCCAGCAGUUCAAGUGCCUGAUACGAAACCCAAAGCGUGCGAGAUGAAGCCUCCUUCUUUCUGGGGUUACCGUUGGGAUACAGUUUCAGAUCCGAUUCCGUGGCGGGAGGAUGCCUGUUCUGUAGAGGCAGCCUGUGGAACACGAGCCUUUGACGGGCUUACUGCUUUCAUCCGCUGCUUUCCUUACACGACGUCCAAUUUGCUUUUAGCUGCAGCAUCUGGGUGUGAA